ACCUCCUCCACCAUGAAGACUGCCAUCCUCAUCGCCCUCGUCUCCGUGGCCGCCGCCGCCAAGCUGCCUGCAGGCGGCGCUGACACGACGCAGGUGCCCAUCCUCCGCCAGAACCAGCUGAACCCCGAUCUCGGAGCCCAUAACUUCGAGUUCGAGUCGGGCAACGGCAUCGUGUUCCAGGAGGCAGGCCAGGAAGGCGCUGCCGGGGGCGCCACCCGCGUCGGCUCCUUCAGCUACCCUCAGGAAGACGGUUCCUUCGUCGAAGUCAAGUUCGUGGCCGACGAGAACGGCUACCAGCCCGAGUCCUCCCUCCUGCCCGUGGCCCCCGCCUUCCCCCACCCCAUCCCCCAGUUCGUCCUCGACCAGAUCGAGUUCGCCCGCCUCGAGGACGAGCGCAAGGCUCGCGAGGGCAAGACCCUGUAAACCUUCAGCUUCUCUCGAGAUUUGGCUUCCCUUCCCCCGACGUGGCGGUGCGGAACUGAGAUAUGACACAGCCCAGGUUUUUAUUUAUUCUUCGAAGCUUAUGUAAAUAAAUUAUUUACAGUCG